ACUCCGGACCCUUCCUUCCUCAACCCAAUUACCCAAUAGCUUCCGACGGAACCCUCGAAAGUCGAAUCUUAAAUUUUUUCAAUCUUCCAAAACCCCUAAUAUUUUAAAACUUCGAUUCCUAAUUCAUAAGCUAAAAACCCUAAUUGAAUCGUAAUGGCAUCGCAGAAGAAGGAAUCGGAGGGAAUCGCUCUACUGUCUAUCUACGGCGACGACGAAGAUGAAGACAUGGAAGAACAUGAAGAAGAACAAAGGGAAGAAGACGCACAAGAAUACAGACCUGAAUCCCAAAAUUUCGUCAUUACAGUGGACACCGAGCUCCAAGAUGAUAGCAAUAAAGUUUUCGGGUCUGAUUCGGGUCGUAGUUCGACUCCUUCACCACUAAUUCAACAACUUCAGCAACAUCAGUCUGUUGAAAAUUUCACACCUAAUAAGGUUUCGAAUUUUGGUGUUGUGUCUACCACUACGACGCCGUUAAUGUCCGUCUCUUCUCCAAAUCCUCAGCCAAUGGAGUUGAAUAUGAAUGUGAAUGUGAGUAGACGAGCAAGGCUUACUAUUGUUGAUUAUGCUCAUGAUGAAGUUACUAUGUCUCCAGAGCCUGAGGAAGGAGAAAUAAUGGCCAGUGGAAGAGUCAUGUACGGAGAGGAACUUCAAACAGUUAGUGUUGAAUUUAUAGAAAAGGCUUCACCAGCUCUUCAGGUUAGAACACCUAGUACUCAAACCCCUCCUCAGUCAGCUGAGCCAACUGAUCAAAUGGAUGAUACUAUGAACAUCGAUGUUAAUGAAGGACAUGGAGUAGCUGAAGAAUCUGUUAUGGUUCCUGCGGAAGAACAAAAAGAAUUAGAUAUGUUGGAGAAAUUUCUUCCUCCUCCACCAAAGGAGAAGUGCUCAGUUGAAUUGCAAGAGAAGAUCAUGAAAUUCCUUGCUCUAAAGAAGACUACUGGCAGAAGCUUUAAUGCAGAAGUACGCAACAGAAAGGAGUAUCGGAAUCCAGACUUCUUGCUGCAUUCAGUGACUUAUCAAGAUAUUGACCAGAUUGGAUCUUGCUUCAGUAAAGACGUAUUUGAUCCGCAUGGAUAUGACAAAAGUGACUUCUAUGAUGAAAUAGAGGCUGACUCAAGGCGUGAAACGGAGAGAAGGGAGCAAGAACGGAAGAGGAGUCCAAAAGUUGACUUCAUAUCGGGAGGAACACAGCCUGCUGCAAUGGUUCCUACAUCAAAAAUCAAUCUGCCGAUUCCAGGAAUGGCUCCUGUUGCUGCUGGUGCAUUACCGCCCACUGUAGAUGUUGUAACUCGGGAUGGUAGACAGAACAAAAAGUCGAAAUGGGACAAGGUGGAUGGGGAUCGGAGAGACCCUGUUUCUGCUGUUGGUGCACAUGCAGCUCUUCUAUCAGCUGCUAAUGCUGGUGCUGGUUACACUGCAUUUGCGCAACAAAGACGCCGGGAGGCAGAAGAGAAGCGACCUAGUGACAAGAAGUUAGAUAGAAGAUCUUGACAUUCUAAUUUGACAUGUUGACACCUGAAACUAUUUCAGCCACAUCACCCAAGCAUACAUGUGGAAGUAAUGCCUCUAAAAAGAUUUAUGGACUUAGGAUCAUGAUCAUCUUUGCUGUGUAUAGACGAGCUUUAGAGUUUUCUGUAUUUGGCCAACCCUUUCCAACACAUCAGUACUGCACAAGUGCUGGGCUGCUGGCACAGACAAAGCAGCUAUCUUCCUUGGAGCAACGGUACCUCAUUUAGAAAGACAAAUUACUGUCGACACGGAAGAUUCCUAUCCACUGUAAAUUGUAUACCUUGAUAUACCCAAUUUUUAUUAGUAGUGAAGUCGAUUACGGGUUUCAAAGUUAAAAGAGUGUAACCAUGAAAGUCAUGGAAGAAUUUUCAAUAUGAAAGUUGGGGGAGAGUAAAUUUUAUCGGUCUUCUUUUUGCCUUGUGCGCCAUAGAUGCAAAGUAUUAAGUCUUCUUUUAGCUGUAUUUGACUAAACUAGAGUCCUAAAAGAGCUGAAAAUUUUCUAUGUA